AUGGCGACGUUCCUCCAGCGCCGCCCGCCCCAAGAUGGCGGCGCCCGGCGGCGGCCGCUCCGCCGCGCGCGCCCUUGGCGCCUCUAUGAGCUGUUCCCGGUGCAGAUGGAGGGCGUGAAGCUGACGGUGAACAAAGGGCUCAGCAACCACUUCCAGGUGAAUCACACGGUGGCGCUGAGCACCCUGGGCGAGUCCAAUUAUCACUUCGGGGCCACCUACGUGGGCACCAAGCACCUGAGCCCCACCGAGGUGGGAAUUCCGGGAAUUCCGGGAAUUCCGGGAAAAAUCUGCUCCCGGAUCCGCUCCAAGCUCGCCUUCCAGACCCAGCAGGCCAAGUUCGUGAACUGGCAGGUGGACGGGGAAUAUCGGGGCGGCGACUUCACGGCGGCGCUGACCCUGGGCAACCCCGACAUCCUCAUGGGCUCAGGGAUCCUGGUGGCGCACUACCUGCAGAGCGUGACGCCGCAGCUGGCGCUGGGCGCCGAGCUCGUCUACCACCGGCGCCCCGGCGAGGAGGGCGCCGUGCUCUCGCUGGCCGGCCGCUACUCAGGUGAGCCC